ACCGAUGAGUUCACCAGAGAGCGCCACCGCCACCGAGAGCUCACCGGAAGACGCCCUAUCCGAAGAGAGCCUCAAGGGCUUCAUAUCCUCGCUCCCGUCAAGGGAGGGGUGGCCGAAGCCGCUCAUCCAGUACAAGGGCUACUGGUUCAAACCGGGGAUCCUGGAUGGGGUCCUGCACGCCAGACAGGCCUUCGCGCCCCGCGCCGACGACGUCGUCCUCGCCACGCAGCCCAAGUGCGGCACCACCUGGCUCAAGGCCCUCGCCUUCGCCAUUGCCACCCGGUCCCGUCACGACCUCGGUGCCGCCGAUCACCCGCUUCUCACCCGCCACCCACAGCACCUCGUGCCGUUCAUCGAGAUCCCGGGCGCUGCUGGCGGCCAUGUUGACCUCAGCGCGCUCCCGUCCCCGAGGCUCCUCGCCACGCACAUGCCCAUGUCGCUGCUCCGGCCGGAGACGCGGUCGCUUGGGUGCCGCGUCGUGUACCUGUGCCGGGACCCCAAGGACACACUCGUCUUCAGGCUGCACUUCGAGAACAAGCUGGUCGCACGGGGUGGCGGCGCCGGCCUGUCCAUGGACGACGCCUACGGCAUGUUCUGGGAGGGGUUCUCGCCCUACGGCCCCUUCUGGGACCACUGCCUCGAGUACUGGGAGGAGAGCGUAGCCAGGCCGGACACCCUCCUCUUCCUCAAGUACGAGGAGAUCAAGUUGUUGGUUUUGAUCUGACGGCUUAAACAAGCCAGUUAGAUCUAUUAGUCUAACAAAAAAAAGGAAAAGAUAACGUUAAAGGAAAAGGCCCCACGCACCAACGUACGUGGGCUUUUUAUCCCAACUGAGGCGCCUUAAUCGGGGGCACCCAAACCAACUGAUGGUUUAGGUCCCC